CUUGAUAUGCUAUGUUUUGAAUCAGUGGUAAACUUUAAUUAGAACACCAAUAUACAAUUUGAUGCAUAUAAUCGAGAUGGUAAAACCGCAUAAUGUCCUCGUCGGAGACAGCUGAGCCACAUCUCCGUACUGCCAUGGCCUCCUUCUCUCUCCUCUCUCUCUCCUCCUCUUCUUGGCCCACAUCUCUCCCCACGCGUCGUCGGCGGCGGAGACGGUUCUGGCGGCUGCGCAGCGUGCGGCGGCGCAUCCACCAGCACCCGGAGCUGGCCUUCCACGAGUACCGCACAAGCGAGCUCGUCCGCGCCGAGCUGGACACGAUCGGCGUGUCCUACUCCUGGCCCGUCGCCCAGACCGGUGUGGUGGCCACGAUCGUCGGCGGCGGCGGCGCUGGGCCCGUUGUUGCGCUCCGGGCGGACAUGGACGCGCUCCCCUUGCAGGAACUGGUAGAUUGGGAAUACAAAAGCCAGGAGAGUGGGAAAAUGCAUGCUUGUGGACAUGAUGCUCACACAUCAAUGCUUCUCGGAGCUGCUAAGCUACUUCAUUCUUGGAAGGAUUACAUCAAGGGUACCGUCAAGCUUGUCUUUCAGCCAGCAGAAGAAGGAUAUGCCGGGGCUUACCAUGUCCUAGAAGAAGGUAUUCUAGACGAUGUGUCUGCCAUUUUUGGUCUGCAUGUCGACCCAAGUCUUCCAGUGGGUACCGUCGUCACCAGGCCAGGGCCAUUCAUGGCAGCAUCGGGACGGUUUUUGAUAACGGUCACUGGGAAAGGCGGUCACGCUGCAAUGCCACACAGUGCUGUCGACCCCAUCGUCAUGGCAUCCUCCGCCAUCAUCAGCCUCCAACAAAUCGUAGCUCGGGAAAUCGAUCCCCUCGAAGCCGCGGUGGUCUCAGUAACAUUCAUGAAAGGAGGUGAUGCUUACAAUGUCAUUCCUGAGUCAGCUUGCUUCGGUGGCACCUUCAGGAGCUUGACAACAGAAGGUCUAUCAUAUCUUAAGAAGAGGAUCAAGGAGAUUGUCGAAGCGCAUGCCGUCGUGAGCCGCUGCACUGCCACCGUCGACUUCAUGGAUGAGGAGCUCCGGCCAUACCCAGCCACCGUCAACGACGAAGGCAUGUACGAUCAUGCCAGAUCAGUGGCAGCGGCUAUGCUUGGAGAAGGCCACGUCAAGAUAGGUGGCCCAAUCAUGGCCGCGGAGGAUUUCUCGUUCUACACGCAGAGAUUCCCAGGGGCAUUUUUCAUGUUAGGAACCCGCGACGAGGCUAUGGCAACCGCGGUUCAUCCACUCCACUCCCCCAACUUUGUGAUCGAUGAGGGUGUGCUCCCGGUGGGAGCUGCCUUCCAUGCUGCUGUGGCGAUGGAGUACUUGAACAAGCGCGGAACCGUGGCAAAGAUGCCAAUAAUUGUUAGGACGGGUGUGGGCAUUCAUAGGGUGUUCUGUUUGUUUGAAUUUCAGAGCAAUAAUAUCCCACGUAAGAGCAAGUUUGUUUUGGAGCCUGAAGAAGAUGAGGAUAAAAGUGAAGAUGGAGAGGAAGAAAGGGGUUUUAGUGCUGAUUUUAUUUGGCCACUUGAGUUUGGUUAUGAUCCUAGACUAUUGGAUGUUGAUGAAGAAGACAUGGAGUUACUUCAUAGAUUGGAGCAGUUGAAGUUGCAAACAGAGGAUGCUUGGUAUCACUAUGAAGGAGACAUAGAUGUGAAAGAAGUUUAUCUGCCCGAGGAAGAGGAAAUGAAAGAUUGUGAGCCUGAGUCUUCUCCUCCAAAGAAUAAGAAACCAAAAAGAGUUGGCCCAACUAGUGGAGCACACCAUGAAGAAGAAAUUCUCCCCUUUCAUGACUGGGUGCAUUCCAAUGGUCAAUUGGGCAAUCCAUCUGAUGUUAAUGACAAAGAUUAUGAUGUUGAUGUUAAAAGUAGUGUAGUUUUAUCUGGCAAGAAUAAAAGAAGGCCUAACAAGAAAGAAGGCAGGAUUUGGUAUGAUGAGAAAGAAGAAAAAUGUCAUGAGUAGAUAUGUGAGCACUUAUGUAUUGAAAAUGUGUACCAAUUCAGAAGAGCUCUAAGACAACUCCAUGCAGUUCAGUUGAGGAACUUCACUUAUUGAAGGAAUUGCAAAGACAUGAUACUUGUUUAUUGCAAAGUGGCUGAAUGUUCCUUUAUGAUGACAACUUCACAAGUCAAAAGUGAGAAGACAUUUUUUAUCAGAAAAUUGAGAAUGCCACAUACAUGUCCCGCGGAUAGUGAGAACAUAAAAAUUACAACAAAUUGGGUUGCCAGGGAAUAUGAGCAUGCAAUUAGACAGUGGU